AUGUCGUUAGUAUAUUGUUACGGUUUUCAUGGUUCAUCAUGUGGUUAUUGUGAGUCGGAAACGAAAACGGGUUAUUCUCACAAAUUCGGUAUGAGUGCAACUAGUUUAACCUGCGAGGAUUAUCAAAAUUUGAUUGAUGCCGGUUGGCGACGUUCUGGUGAUUAUCUUUAUAAACCCCACAUGAGAGCAUGUUGCUGUCCACAAUUGAACGCGAGUGAAUUUCGUGCCUCCAAAUCUCAGCGAAAAUUGAUUACUCGAUUUAAUCGAUAUGUUGAAGGAACUUAUGAUCCCGCGAAUAAAGAUGUUAAUGGUGGCGAUGAAACAUCCAAAACAAAUUCCCGACAAAAUGGUGCUAAAAUAUCAUCGAAAAAAGCAGGGAAUGGUUUUGAUUUGAUUGAAGUCAUUCAUGAGGCUGAAGAUCGACAAGAUUGGAAACGUCGUUUAAGAAUCGUGUUUGAGAAAUCUUCUUUUUCUAAAGAAAAGUAUGAACUAUACCGCAAAUAUCAAAUCAAGGUUCAUAACGAUGAACCUUACGAGGUCACCGAAGGAGGGUUUAAAAGAUUCCUUGUGAAUUCGCCUUUAAAUUUUGAAGCAACCGAUAAACCAAAUAUACCAGGAUAUGGAUCAUUCCACCAAUGUUAUUAUUUGGAUGAUAAGCUUAUCGCAGUUGCAGUUCUUGAUGUUUUACCUAAAUGUGUUUCCUCGGUCUAUUUUUUGUAUGAUACAGAUUAUGGAUUUUUACAACUUGGAAAAUAUAGUGCUCUUAGAGAAAUUGCAAUGGUACAAGAAUUUUGUAAUGCUGGAUUACAAGAUUUGCAUUGGUAUUAUAUGGGGUAUUAUAUUCAUACAUGUCAAAAAAUGAAAUACAAAGGACAAUAUAAACCUUCCGAUUUAUUGGAUCCCGAAACAUAUGAAUGGUAUUCCUUUGAUAGAUGCGUGGCACUUCUUGACAAGCAUAAAUACGUGUCAUUUGCAAAUCCACCCAACGGCGAAGAAAGCAAUAACAACACGGAUGAAUCAGAUGAUUAUUUAACACCUCCAGGAAUGUUGGAUCCAGAAACAGUUACGGACGAUGAUAUCAAAAACGUCCAAUUGUAUUUUGACAAUACCAUCAAGCGGCUCAAUGAAUUACCCAAUUGGAAAAAUAAAGAGAAUUUAAAGAAUAGAGUGAAGGAAUAUUUUGCUGCGGUCAGGAAAGAAAUGGCUGAAACGAUAGUUUUAAACUUUAAUAGAUAUUAG